UUAUGCUAUCUGUUCAGGCAUAUUUGACAUUUGUUGGAGAAGCCUUCCGACUUUCAUCGCAUCAAUCUGCCAACUACGGAAAUAAAAAGAAUCACCCAUGAGGUCGCACAGGCACAUAUGACAUAUAGACGAGGCGUCCACCACUAGGCAGCAAUCAGCCAAUCACAGCCCUUCCUGGCAUCACGUGCGUGUAAUUACUCACGCAUGUUGACUUCCUUUAACUUUUGUCGGAGAUACACAGACGACACUGAGCCGAAAGCAUCCCGCUGAAAUCUCUCAGUUCGCGGAGUGCAAAUUUUUGGAAUAAGUCAGACGUCGAAUCCUUUUGCUUGGAAUGUGUAUGUUCUUCCGAGGAGUUCUUUUAUAUGUGGAUUUACUACACCUGACUUUAAUUGGCCCCAGACACUGAUAUAUGGAUUCAUACAUUACUAAGCUACAUAGAUGAUGCUUCUCACAGACCCUGAACGGUACUUCACACAAUUGUUUGCAUCCAUACAUCAGUCUGUUUAUGAGCCUACCAGGUCUCUGUAAGCAUGGAUGUGGUAAUGAAAGGAAUACCCAAAUCAUUAGUUCAGGACUGACGACCAGACACUAAAGAACGAACAUUACGGGGAUAAACAUCUAUACAGAAAGAAUGAUGAGAAGAAAUCAAACGGUCUUUGAAAUCACCGCCGAUCUCGAUAGCCAAUCCAGCUGAUGACGAAAUAUCCCUUCGAUGAUCACGGUCAGGAAAAUGAUGAAAGAGCAACCAUGGGUCACCCUCGACGUCAUUGCCUUCAUCGUAUUAGCAGUCUUACAAUUGGUCAGUGGCCAGUUCAGCCUCCAGGCUCCAAUCAAUCAUGUUGCUCUUUCUGCGAACGUCCGAGUGUCCUUCACCAUGUCAGAAAUAGGACUGUCUUAUCCUCCGAACAUCCUACUGAUUGACCUAAGUAACGAUGCAUUGAGGAAGAGUAAGUCUGUUCAAUUGUCCCUCACCGGGGAUGUAACAUUCGAGUGCAGCUUCUUUGAUCAUGCAGGGACUUUUCAAUUUCGGAUGCAAUCUACAAAGAACACUAGUGAAAUCUUAGCAUAUAGUAACAUCAUGAACGUAGCCUGGCCCGAUGUUGAGAUUAGCGUUCCCACUGAUCUUGUUGCAUCAACAAGAGAGUUCCAGGUAGCAGCUGUAGUGACUUCAAAUCUGUGCCAGAAUAUGAGACAUAACCGCUAUGUCAUGGACAUGCUGUUGGUGUAUCAUGGAAAAAGUCUGGCAUCGAAUGUGCAGGACGCCAUUCCAGAUGGUCACGGUGUGGUAGCGGACUCGUUUCCUGUUGGUGAAUUCACUCUGAAUAACGUCAUCACUGUGGACUUCGGGUGUCGUUCUGCGGAUCGUGCCGGGAUCUACACGGUGAUUCUGCAAUCCGAUUUCAACCAGGAAACCGUCGCAAGAAGCAGUGUGUUUGCAGUGACGCCAAAUGAAAAUUACGGGGUGAGCGUGUCGACGGUAGGAAUCUACCCGAAUUGUUCUGGAGCCGGCCGAGUGCAGCCGAUCAUCGUUCGGGUCACCCAACCACCUUGUGCCAGCGAUGACGACACCGUAAGAGUCCUUGGUCAGACGGAAACAUUCUCCUACACACCCUCUCCAUCUAGCCUCGUACAUAUAAUGGAGAAACGCAUUUAUAAUCCAGAUGAUAGCUUACAGUUUUUCUGCAGUGACUUCAGUGAGAUCUACUCAGGUUUCUGCUUUCAUUAUGUGAGCAUAGCAAGGUCAGGCGCGGUUGAUGACCAAGCAUCGGUCUGCAUACCUCUAGAAUAUGAAGGAGAGCCGGUGGAUGGACGGUGGAGCGAGUGGUCUCAGUGGGGUUCGUGCACGGCGACCUGUGGUCAAGGAGUACGACAUCGAUCGCGGUCGUGUACAGACCCGUCACCAGCAAACGGUGGUGCCGAGUGCACUGGUAACCUACUCAUGACGGAGUUUUGUUCCUUUGGACCUUGCAUGACAGCGCCUGUUCCUGUUACGCCCACCACAUUCGGUCCCACGUGCUAUUGCGGCUGUACCGUGACUGGCAAGGAAGGUAGUAUCCAGUCCAAUCCCUCAUUCUGUGAGAACCGAACCCUCUUCAAAUGGGUCAUCGUCGCACCGGAUAACCACAGCAUCCGACUCGAGUUUGUCUCCUUCUAUCUCGCCAUCCAUAGAGAGUAUCUGCGCGUGCGUGAUGGUGAAGAUGGGGAAUCCCCUCUCCUCGCCUACCACACGGGCGUGGCCCUACCGGGACCCGUUUCUACCACUGGGAACUCCAUGUAUAUCGAGUAUAGGGUGGUGAGAGGCGGCAACUUGGAUCAGAUGGGCUUCAGUGCUGUCUUCACCUCGCAAGCGUCUGAUGCGGUUCCUCCUCCACCUCUUCCGGUCGGCAACACCAACGAGUCUCCUGUCGACGUCGGUGCGCUGAACAACACCGCUAUUCUGAUUGCUGGUAUUGUACUGGGCGCCCUCGUUGUCCUCUUCAGCAUCGUCUUCGCUGUACAUGCCCGAUGCAGCCGGAAGUACGAUUACAAGCCGGGAAUGCCCCACGACGACACCGCAGAGACGCAGCUCCGAGGCAUGGGCAUGGGGACAUCGAGUAUCAACUCAUCAUCGACACACCACAGUCGGCCGUGGGGUGCGGCGCCGAUUGGACGCAGCACGACCUCACAAUCGGAACAGUCUAAUCAGAGCACGAGCAAGCGAGGAUGGCCGGAUGGUGAUCGCAGCCAGUUGUAUGUCGUACAUGACGAGAAUGCAAAGUUUUACAGAGAAGCAAGCUUCUCGUCGUCUCAUCGCUCUGCCAAAGAGAAGUUACCAAGUAUACCUAGUCCCUACCACGAGGCUGAGCUUGAGAAAUGGACCAAACGACAUGGCCACAAAAUCGCAGUACCAUACCAUGCUGGGGAUGUCAGUCGAGGAUCUGCUGGUGAACUCUCCACCAGUAAACAUAGUGGAAGGACAGAUCGUAAUACAACGCACCUCGCCAUGAAAUCUCCAGAGGAAUUUGCAAUGACAGGUAUACAUGACAGUAGGACUAGUAUGUCCAGUUCAAAGAGAAAUCGUGUCCAAGAAACGUCGCACAGCACUCCCCAGAUGCAGGCAAUAGCGAACGUCGAAAAUACUGACAAUACUUCACCUUACGUGAACAAAGAUGGGCAGCUUACACCCCUGGGUUUAGCCGUAUCGAAAUUGAACGAUAAUGGUAUGGCUUUUAGAAUACCAGAAGGAGCAGAAAACCCAGAUCAAGAGAAAAGAGAAUAUAAAGAACGUAAACAACAUAGAACUCAUCGACAUAAAGAUAGAUCAGAUUUGAAAAGUCCAGAUUCGACGCAUAGUGAGGGUAAAAAGCGCAGAGGAGUUGUGCAUCCGGAAGAUGUUUUGCAAGAAGAAGCUACUCCUGUCGAUAAUGAGCGAAAGCUUCCGGUGGCGCCAAAAAUGGCGUUUUAUUCGGAUGACGAGCCCGACUGGCGGCCCGCUCCGGAUCAACCCGCAGAAGAAGCAGACAUUCGAGCGGAGACGCUGCCUCGCGAGAAGUCACGAGAGAAAUCUACCCAUUCAAAAGGCUCAAGCUCUCGAAAGAACGAUCCAAAUCAUCUACGCAAUGGUGCAAUGUCCCCACAUAGAACUUCAAAUGAAGAAGGCAUAGGCUCAGGUCAUAGCUCAACACUGAGAAGUGACAAAUCGGGUUCUUUAGAUCGACAUGGUCGUCAUGAUAGGAGCCGAAAACCACCGGUGCCGGCACGGCAUGGACAUCGAUCCAAAAAGCAUGGAGAAAAACCGGCGGUCCCACCGCGUCCUGAUCCCCACAGAUACGCAAAUCACGUUACAAACUCACUCGAAAGCACAAAGCAGGAUGCACCCAGUUAUAGCUUGCCAAACGAUCAUCUCCCAUCUUUGUCUGACUACAGCGGUCAGAUGUCUGUUGAACCGUCACCAGUGCGGUUACCACGUCCGCUCAACCGCAAACAGAACCACGCGCAGCUAACCCAAGUAUUCAUUAGCGACGAGAGUCUGAUUCGGCCGCAGUCGGGAGCCGAGAGCUCGCGAUCAGGUACUUCUCAUCGGCAGCUUCCAGAGACUCCUCCAUAUGGAUUCUCUCCUACAAGACAACAGAGACCAAAUACCCAUCGUCACCAGAGUGAUCUCUCCCUCUCCAUCUCACAAGAUGAGCCCGAGUUUGACUAUUACAUUCCCACCGUACCCGGCUCAUUUUUUGAGAACCCAUAUCCCAUGGGACCAUCUGAAAGAAAAAUCAACAAAAUGAGUAAACCAAAGUCCCCAUCUGCAUCGCUGAUCUAGACGGUAAAAACUUCAAUUUUAAAGUCACCUCUGCGAUCUGUAACACAAAGGUUUGCGAUGGAAACAAACAUGAUCUGAUCAAUUCUGAUUGGUUCGUUGUUAGUGUUUCGAACAAAUUGCGCAUGGUAUAACGAUUAUAAUUGACCAUUGCCAUGUAGCGUUUACUUGCGAAUCUUUGUGUCACAGAUCCUUGCAUUGUGCACCGUUUCUCAAGAAAGAUGUCAGCAAUAACAAGUAGUCAUUCUCUGACAGUGACCACAGUCACAUUCAAAGAGCUUUUCUCAGCCAAUUUUCUAUACUCUAUUUACCCAAUGCUGAUAUCUUUCAUUAAUGAUGCCAAGGAUAAGGUACAUUUUGAUACCAUUUUGUCUAGCUAAUUUCAAACGAAGUUAUGAUUGCCUAAUAAGCCAAUAUUAUGAUAUGCCAUUACACUCGGCGACAGCUUAAGGUCCGAAAAUAAAUCCAAGUUGACUUUCAAUAGUUUUCGCGAUCAUGUCGAUGCAGAAACUUGAUUAUCAAUUCAAUUUUUAUAAUUUUUCUUGUAUCUGUUUUUGUACAAAAAAGAUUAGUGAGUCAGGGUACCAGAUUUAUCAAGAUAUUUAUUUUCUUUAUGGAACUAAGAUUAAAAAACGUGAAGAAGCGAAUUUGUGCUGCUUAUUUUAUGGUACACGUUGGAAAUUUAGUUUUGUUUAGGAUUAUUCGAGAUCUACCGAUUUCCUCGGGAGAUUUCAUGACGGUAGGUUGGAGAACAACCAGCAACAAAAAUAAAGGACGUCCAACACUAAACAUUUAUAGCCAUUUGCACCCCGGAAAUAUUCCCUGCGCGUGAUGCCAUCCAUGCCCUGGGGCCCGUUUCAUAAAGACACACAACUACUGUAAAUUCAUCAUUAUUUUAACUCCCAUGGAAUUCUUCAUUGCGAUUGGCUGCUGUGCCCUGUUAUCAUGGUAGCUGUCCUUGUACAAUAAUUGUAUCUCUUUAGGAAACGGGUCCCGGGUCACAGAACCCAGCUCACUUGUUGAAUCAUGUCCUGAAAAUCGGGAAGACGGAACGCUGUUACCUUCCCGCAUACGCAAAAGGAGAAUUCCAUUUGAACCGCAUUGUUCUCCAAUUUACCGUUUCUGAACAAAGGUAUACAGUUGUAAAUGGUAAUCGUUAAGCUUCUUUUGGAAUUCUAGUUUUCCGAACAAGAAUUGUGCAUUGUGUUUAUGAAAAAUGUAAUGAGCUGAAAUAUUAAUGAAUAAAGCGUGUAUAUAAACUAUUUUGUUACAGAUUGGUAUGGGAUAGAUUUCAACCCUAGAAUCUUUGUGGAUUUUAUAUAAUGCAGAUCUUAAGUAGAUAUUGAGAUUGUUACGAUACUGCAGCAAAUAACAAUGAAAAUUAGUUUUGAAUUUGAUUUCCCUUUUGUAAUUACAGGAAAUAGAUCAAUCAUACAUUAAACAAAACAAAAAUAAUAAUAAUCUUACAUCUCUUGAAGUGUCAGAUCUGAUUAGUCCACAAAUGUAUAUUCCA